AUGGCAACAUCAACAGGUAAGUCCGUACAUAAAAUAGCACAAGAGUUGCAACAGGCUGCACAAUCUCAAUUGGGUAUUGGAAGUAAUUUGAAAGGCAAUAUAUCCAAUGCGGAGUUUAAAAAUAAAGUUAGUGGAAGUGAACUUAAUAACGAUAUUUGUAACCUUAAGAAAGAAACACAUACUAAUGAUAAACGUACAUAUAGUGCUAAUCCUGGUUAUGAUCCUAAUAAACAUCAGGGUCCAUGUACGGGAAAAGGUGGAGGUACAGGUACGAAUACAAGAUUUGUCAUAGGAACUCAAUGGGAACCGAAGGACAAAGAAGUAAAUGAAAAAUACAAAGAUGUUUUAUUAUCUCUUAGACGUCGCCAUAUGUGUACCUCAAACUUAGAGAAUUUGGAAACGAAUAGUGGUCCACUUAGUGAUGUUACCAAGGUAAAUGACUCGUUUUUGGGAGAUGUAUUGUUAGCAGCAAAAUACGAAGGAGAAUAUAUAAAAAAUAAACUUGGUAAUGAUCAUUCAUCAAUUUGUACUGCUAUGAAAUACAGUUUUGCAGAUUUGGGUGAUAUUAUUAGAGGAACAGAUAUAUGGGAGAAAAACGAGGAACAGGCAAGACUACAAAAUAAUUUGAAAGAAAUAUUUAAAAAAAUUAAAGACAAAGUUAAAGACAAUAAUAAAUAUAAUAAUGAUAACGACAAAACCACACCCCCUUUUAAACAAUUAAGGGAAGAUUGGUGGGAAGCAAAUCGAUCAGAAAUAUGGAAAGCUAUGACAUGUGAAGCACCACAACAAGCUACUUUAUUCAAAUAUAGAUCUGGUGGUAGAACGAAUUUUUCAAGUGCUAAAUGCGGACCGAGUGACCCACCACCAGACGACUACAUACCUCAACUUUUCCGUUGGUUAACGGAAUGGUCCGAAAGCUACUGUAAACAACUAAAAGCGGAUUAUAACUCCGUGAAGGAAAAGUGUAACGUAUGUAAAAAUCAUACAACAAAUCGUCAAUGUAAAAAAGGACAACCCACAUGUACACAGUGUAUAGGUAAUUGUAACGUAUAUACUGAAAACGUUAAAAAAUGGAAAAGUGAUUGGGAUAAACAAAAACAAAAAUACAACGAAUUAUACAAUAAAACAACUACUAAUACCACUGAUAAUGAUCCAAUUAAAGAAAAACUUAAAGAAUUUUUACCAAAAUUGAAAGGAAAGGGUGGCACCAGUAGUGAAAAUUAUAAAAAUUCUGAAGAUUUUAUCGAUUCAUUGGGAGGAUAUAGGUAUUGCGUAGACGCUCAACAGAAUAAAUACAAAGAAAGUGAACAAAGUGACCCGGCGCACAUAUUUCAAGAGACACCUAAAGAUUAUCAGAAAGCAUGUAGUUGCGAUAAGACUACGCCCUGCGAUACAGUGGAAACACUUUUGGAGGGUCAGGAUGGGAAAAGUGCAAUAGAUGGUUGUAAUCUAAAAUAUGAUUCAACAAAAUCAAACCCUCCACCUUAUCCUGGAUGGAAAUGCGAUACAGACACCAUUGAUUCGACUCAUGAUGGAGCUUGUAUGUCUGGUAGGAGACAAAAACUAUGUGUACAUUAUUUGAAAGAAUUGACUAAUUGUGGUGAAAAAGAAUUGAAAGAAGCAUUUAUAAAAACAGCUUCAGCAGAAACUUUUGUUCACUGGCAAUAUUAUAAAGACAACGGUGAUGGAAAAGGUAGAGAUGUAGAUACCGAAUUAAAAAACAAAGGAACAAUUCCUCCUGAUUUUUUACGUUCUAUGAUGUAUACUUUUGGAGAUUUAAGAGAUUUAUGUUUGGAUGAAGAUAUAUCAACAAAGGAUGCAGGGAAGAAUGAUCAUGUGAAAACAGCAAGACAUAAUAUAACUACUGCUUUAAAAAAUGGAAGUAAAGAUCCUGAUAAGACAAAACGUACAAAUUGGUGGAAACAAAAUGCCCCAGAUAUUUGGCAAGGAAUGGUUUGUGGUUUAUCGCAUCAUAUUAGCAAGGACGAUGAGACAGAACGCCAAACACUUACCAAUAAACAAGACUAUCAAUACGGUAGUGUGAAAUUUGGUGAUAGUACCACCACUAGUGGCACCCCGUUGUCCAAAUUUGUUGAGAGACCCCAAUUUUUGCGCUGGAUGACCGAAUGGGGGGAAGACUUUUGUAGGAAACAAAAAGAGGAGUACCACAAGGUGAAGGAUGCGUGUACAACGUGUAAUGUUGUUAAUGAUAGUAGUUCUGGUGGAACAGAAACAUGUAAGGAUGAAAAUAAAUGUAAGCAGUGCAAAGAACAAUGUAAAUUAUAUGAAAAAUUUAUUCAAGAAUGGAAAGGAUAUUAUACUAAACAAAAGGAUAAAUUCAAGACAGAUAAAGUUAAAUCUGAAUAUACAAGUGCUGAUAACGACGUGAAAACAUCAAAAGAUGCUCGAGAUUAUUUAAGCAAAAAAUUAAAAAAUAUGAAAUGUACAAAUAAAACUGGUGAUAAUACUGGAAAAUGUGAUUGUAUGGAACAGAAGUCGUCACCCACUAGUGAUAUGCCUAAAUCGUUGGAUGAAUAUCCAAGUGAUGAUUAUAGAAAGAAGUGUACUUGUACACCGCCACCACCACAAAAACCUGCAAUACCAAAACCUCCAUGUACGGGAAACAAAAUUCUUGAUGCGGCAAAUACCAAACUGUAUGAGGCACAGAAACAAUUGCAAGAUCGUGGUGGUAAUAAAUUGAAAGGAAAAAUAGAGAACGCGACAUUUAAAAAUAACAAGACCGGAAAAUAUUUGGGUGGAAACAUAUGUGAAAUAACUAUGGAAUAUACGAAUGAUUUUCGCCAAUAUGAUCCUAGUUCUAAUAAUGAACCUGAAAAACAUAAAGGUCCAUGUACAGGUAAAGGUGAGGAUAUAAAAGACAGAUUUGUCAUAGGGAAACCAUGGGCAACGAAAGACGGAGAAGUAGAUGAAAACCACAAAGAAGUAUUAUUUCCUCCAAGAAGAUUAGAUAUGUGUACUUCGAAUUUAGAGAAUUUAGCUAGAAAAAAUGAAUUUCCCGAAUUUAUAAAUAACACUAAUGUUAAUGACUCGUUUUUGGGGGACAUGUUGGUGACAGCGAAAUAUGAAGGCCAAGAUAUAGUACAUAAACAUCUUAGCAAAGGUGAUAAAUCAGGUAUAUGUAAUGCUAUGAAAUACAGUUUUGCCGAUUUAGGAGAUAUUAUACGAGGUAGAGAUAUAUGGACUGGAGAACAGGGUAACGAAAAUUUGCAAAAACAUUUGACAGCUAUAUUUAAAAAAAUAAAAGACCAAAAUGGAGACGGCAAGUAUGAUAGUGACACCGAUCUUACACGAUUGCGUUCUGAUUGGUGGACUGCUAACCGCGACCAAAUAUGGAAAGCUAUGACAUGUGAAGCUCCAGCGGGCGCCGAUCUAUAUAUACCUUCAACUAGUGAUGGUACAAAAACAUGGGAAGGACCAAAAUGUGGAGGUGCCAAAAUUCCACUGUAUGUCCCACCGGACGACUACAUACCACAACGUCUUCGCUGGAUGACCGAAUGGGCCGAAAGUUACUGCAAACAACUCGAACGUAACUAUUGGUGGUUGAUGUUUAAUUGUAAAGCGUGUCAAAGAGCUGGAACCAAAAGCAAAGGAAAGGACACAGAAUCAAAAACCACAGCAUGUACUUUUUGUUCAAGUAUGUGCAGGGUCUAUAAGGAUCAUGUUACAGGAUGGAAAAAACAAUGGGAAUAUCAAAAAACUCAAUACAACCAAUUAAACAGUGGUGGAACUCCUACUAGUGACGAGAUUAAAAAACAACAUGAAGAAUUUCUACAAAAAGUAAAGGACAAAAACAGUAGUACCCAUUGCACUGGUGCAAAUACCGAUAAAAACGAUUAUGAUAAUCUCUCUGACUAUGUCACAUCGAUGGGAGGAAGUAUCUAUUGCAAUGAUACGUCGCAAAAAAAAUUUGAGGAAGACACAAGUGGUGGUGGUAGUAAGGAUAGCGUUUUUCAAGAACAUCCAAAGGAUUAUAUAAAUGAAUGCAAGGAUAAGCAGACGAAUCCGCCGAAGAAACCGGAUACGACAACACCUGGAGGAACUGAUCCACCACAAGGACCUGAACCACCUGGACGAUCGGAACCGGGAGAACCACAGACACCACCGAAAUCCGCACCAACACCCAAAGAGGCGACAGCGACGACACCACAACAGAAAGACGCCUGUGAAAUAGUUGGUACAAUAAAUUGGAAUAUGAAUGGAAGGACUCCAAUAGAAGAAUGUAAUCAUAAAUAUAAUCCAAAUAAAAAUCCAAAUGGAGGUUAUCCUGAAUGGGAUUGCAAUAAAGAUAAGUUUAAAGAAAAAACAGAAGGACCCUGUAUGCCUCCACGAAGACAAAAACUAUGUAUAAAGAAAUUAAUAAAACUGGAAAACAAUGACAGUAAAGAUAAAUUGAGAGAAGCAUUAAUCAAAUGUGCAGCAGUAGAAACGUUUUUUGCUUGGGAUAAAUACAAAAAAGAUAAAGAAAAAGAAAAAAAAAAUGGAGAUAUAGAUCCCGAUGAGGAAUUAAAGAAAGGAACUAUCCCUGAAGAUUUUAAACAUAUCAUGUUAUUCACAUAUGGAGAUUUUAAAGAUUUAAUAUUAGGAAACGAUAUAGGUGAUGAUGGUGGUAAAGAUAUAAAUGGUAAGGUUACAAAGAUAUUGAGUGGCCCACCUAAUAAGCAAACACCUGAAGAGUGGUGGGAAACUAUUAAAAAAGAUGUGUGGGAAGGGAUGGUGUGUGGUCUAUCACAUGGUACGAGUGAAAAGAGCAAGCAAAAGGAGGUGCAAAAAGCACUUGCUAAUAACUACAAAUAUGACAACUUCCAAGUUAAAGAUUCCACUAUCCCAAUAGGUUUCUAUCUUGAGUACAUUAAUAUGACACCCCAAUUUUUGCGUUGGUUCACUGAAUGGACAGAAGAGUUUUGCAGAAAAUACACAGAGCAAUUAAAUAAAUUGCGUGAAAAAUGUCAGAAAUGUAGUGUUGAUAGUACUAGUGGUAAAGGAACAUGUAAUAAAAGUGGUGAAGAUUGCAAACAAUGUCAUGAGCAAUGUACAACAUAUACAAAUUUUAUUGACAAGUGGAAAACGCAUUAUACUAGUCAAAAAGAAAAAUUCGAUAGAGAAAAAUCAAGUAAAUAUAAGGAUGUUGUGGACGACGACAAAAACCUUGCGCAUAAAUUUUUAGAUCAACAACUGGAAAUUCUUGGUCUACAUGGUAAUUGUAUCAAAGAAGAGUCGAAGUCGAAUAAAGGUAUGCCCCAAUCCUUGGAUUAUCCUCCUGAAGAAAUUGGAGAUAAAUGUACGUGUGAGAACCCUGUGACAACAACGAAACCUGGUAAAGAUAGUACUACUGCUCCUGACGGUACAAUUGGAGCUGGUCGUAGUCUUAAUCCAUCUAGUCCUAAUCAUAAUCCUAGUCAUCCUGGUUUUACUGACCCAGGAAGUACGGACAACCGCGAUCGGGGCGGAUCGGGUGGGACGAAAACACCACAGGGGACACAGUCAUCACAUUGCAAAAUUCAAGAAUAUAUUAAAGAAAAUGAUAAGUCAACAGAACAAAUGAAGAAUGGCAAGAAAUUUUGCAAUUCAAAAGAGAACGUAGAAUGGAAUUGUAGAGCAAAUGAUUUUAAAACUGGUAAUGAUGGAGCAUGUAUGCCCCCUAGAAGACAAAAAAUGUGCAUAAAGUAUUUAACACAACUGGAAAACAGCGACGAUACAAAUAAAUUGAAAGAAGAACUUAUCAAAUGUGCUUCACUGGAAACAUAUUUGUUAUGGGAAAAAUACAAAAAGGAUAAAGAACAAGAAAACCCCAAACCUGACCCAGAGCCACAAAAGCAAUUAGAACAAGGAAUAAUUCCUGAAGAGUUUAAACGUCAAAUGUUCUAUACCUUUAGCGAUUUCAAAGAUUUAAUUUUGGAUAAAGAUAUAGGUAAAACAACGUCAGGUGAUGUGCAGAAGGCAAGAACAAAAAUAGAUAAUAUUUUUAAAAAUGGUCAAAGUACACCAAAAAUCAUACCUGACGCCUGGUGGGAAACAAUUCAAGAAGAAGUAUGGAAUGCGAUGUUAUGUUCUUUAAGUUAUAAUGAAGCAUCAAAAGGUAUGGAUGAUGCUCUUCGACAAAAACUCAACGACAAAUCCAACAAAAAUGGCUAUAGUGACGUCACAUUUGAUGGUAAAACCACCACACUCACCACGUUUGUUCGACGACCCCAAUUUCUACGUUGGUUGACCGAAUGGUACGACGAUUACUGUCACAAAAAACACAUAAAAUUACAGGAGGUGAAAGAUAAGUGUAAACCACCAGGUGGUAAGGAUAUCAAAUGUGAUGACACAUGUGAUGGUAAAUGUAAAGAGUACGAAACAUUUAUGAAAGAGAGAAAAGGACACUGGGAAAAACAAAGUAAAUACUAUGGUGAACAAAAAAGUGGAAGCCCUAGCGAUUAUGAUAAAGAAAAUUCCAAAGAAUAUUUGAAAGAUAAAUUGACUGUUACAUGUGGUGAUCAAUCAAAAAGUGGUAACAAAGUAGAAGAAAAUAUCCAAUUGCUAGAACAAACACCAACACAGUCGUCACCGCCGUCGUAUUAUGAUGCGGAUGUAUAUUGUGGGUGCAAGAAAUACAUAGAUGAGGACAAGGAUUAUGGGGAGAUAUCGGGGAAAAAUAAUUGUUGUGGUCUAAACAGCCUGGUCACAUAUAACAAGAACUUUGAAUGGCAGAACACAGGGGACAAUUAUAACUAUUUGAGCAACAGCUCAUCUACAAAGGAACCUGUACCUCAAAAUGUAUAUGUACCACCUAGAAGACAAAGAAUAUGUUUUAAAGAUCUGGAUAAUAAAACUAAUGUGACAAACAAACAACAAUUGCGAGAACAAUUGUUGAAAGAUGCUGCAACAGAAGGAUAUAAUCUAGGAGAAUAUUAUAAAAAAAAGAAAGAAAAAGAAGACGAAAAAAAUGAACAAGAAUUAAAAAAAUAUUCUUAUGAUGUUAGUCCUUGUAAUGCUUUAAAAUAUAGUUUUCUUGAUUUAAGAGAUAUUAUUAUAGGAACUGAUAUGUUAGAACCAGAUAAAACUGAAACAGGAAAAAAUUUGAAAGACAUAUUUGAAAAAAAUGGUGGUGGACAAACAAAUAGUGGUGAACCUGGCAAACCUGGUAGUAAAGAACGUGUAUCCUGGUGGACACAAAACCAACAAUGUGUUUGGAAAGCUAUGCAAUGUGGUUAUAAAAAAAGUAGAGAUGAAGGACAAACUGGAACACCUAGUCAAAACGACCUACAAAAUUGUGGUGACACAAAUCCCCCUAGUGAUACCGACUAUCCCCUCGGCACCUCUCGUGAUAGUGGCAAAAACCUGCAGUUUUUGAGAUGGUUUGCCGAAUGGGGGGAGGACUUUUGUAAAAAACACCACGUGGAGUUGGGGAAAUUACAGGAGGGGUGUAAGGACUAUACAUGUGGUAGUGGUGAUGACACUAAAAAACAACAAUGUCAGGAUGCGUGUAAAGUAUAUCAAGAAUUUAUUGACAAAUGGAAAAAACAAUAUGAUAAACAAAAAAUAAAAUAUGAUGAACUUAAGACACAAGACACAUAUAAGAAAGUUGAUGGAGUAAAAGAUUCAACCCAUGCUUAUGAAUAUUUAGACAAAUCGUUAAAAAAAAGUUGUUCAAAUAGUGGUACUCCUGGUCUAAAUAGUGGAAAUUGUUCAUGUAUGGACAAACCCUCGUCCACACAACCACAAAAUAGUGUUAAAAAUAUGCCUAAAUCCCUAGAUGAUGUUACAAAAAGUGACUACAAAGAAAAAUGUGGGUGUGCGGAUAAAGUGGGGCCGGGACCUACACCACCUAGUGGGGGACGAGAUACAGUGGAUCCGAAACAGCCACCGGGGCCACAUGGGCCACAACCUAGUGGGGGACCAGAUGCAGUGGACCCGAAAAAAAACCCUACUGAUCCACAAAAACCUAAACAAAACCCGGACCAAGGAACAACACCAUCACCACAAAACCCAUCAUCUGGUGGUUCUCAAACUGGUCCAAAUGGUGGUAGUGUUGUUCCUGGUGGAAACCCUGGUCCUGAUAGUGGUACUACUGGUCCUGGUGGUAAAAAACCUGGAGGUCAACCUGAUAGUAGUGGACAACCUGGUGGAACUGGUGGGGCACAAGGUGGUAAUAGUAAUCAAGAUCCUGCUGGCAAACCCAAAACUCCUACAGAUCAAUUUGCACAUUUGGAUGAAUGUCCUCAUAAAGAUCCAUCAAAUUGUAAGAAUUAUGGUAUUAGUAGAGGUCCUAGAUGCUAUCCGAAAAAAACAAAUUAUGAUUCAUUGGAAAAGUGGACUGUUUUAACUACAGAUAAAAAUGAUCCAAAUUUUGGUGUACAAGUUCCUGCAAGAAGGAAAAAUAUAUGUUUUCCAAGAAUACCUAGUCGUAAAUUAAAAGAUUUGACACCCGAAAAAUUCAAAAAACAUUUAUUAGAUUCUGCUGCUACUGAAGCAAAACAUUUAAUGGAAUAUUAUAAAGAUGAUAAUAAUUUGGCUUUGCAAGCAAUGAAAUAUAGUUUUGGGGAUUAUGGAAAUCUUAUAAAAGGAGAUGAUAUGGAAAAUAACAUCGAUGAUACAAAAAAUAAAAUAAAUACCGCAAUUAACAAAUUACAAUCACAAAGUACUACUACUGGUGGUACUCCUUUAGCAUCAACAGCAACAGCAACAAAAUUUGAAAGAACAAAUUGGUGGGAAACAAAUAAAAAACAUGUAUGGCAUGUUAUGUUAUGUCAAUAUAAUGGAGAUGAUAAAGACCAACAUUGUAACGAUUAUGAUACAAUUGAUAAAACACCUCAGUUUUUACGCUGGUUAGAAGAAUGGGCAAGAAAAUAUUGUUCUGAAACAUUAACUAUGGCAAAGGAGACACGAGAAAAGUGUAAAUAUGAUAUAAAUUAUACAAAAGAUUCUUCUAUUGAUAACGUUCCUGAUGAACAAUGCAAAAUGGCGUUAAAUACAUACAAAACUUGGUACCAUAAUAACUAUAAUAAUUGGAAAAUUUUAAAAGAAAAAUACAAAAAAAAUAAAACAAAUGAAGAAACAGCAAAAGGUGCGCAAGGUUCUUCCUCUCCUACUACAUCAUUUUAUACUGAAAAAGAUGCUGAAGAAUAUGUAAAAAAAAAAUGUAACGAAUGUAUUUGUAACUAUAAUGUUUUGGAAGAAGAAUAUAAGAGAAUUACACAAGGAAACAACGAUAUAUCUACAUUAUUUCAUAGAGCUCAAAUUGAUACUUUUGAUCCUAUUAAAAGAUUAUUUUACAAUAUUUUCACUCUUGGUGGAGAGGGUACAAAAAUUGCAAAAACAGCUUAUGAUGUUGGUAAAGAUAUUAUUUCUAAAGGAUCUUAUUAUAUAGUUCCUACUGCAGUAAUGGGAAUAGGAACUGGAAUAGGAGCUGGAACAAAACUUUACGAUAAAAUUAACGAGUUCAUUAAUCACUCUAAUGGUACUGGAGCGUCACAGAAUAACCCAUCACACUCACCCUUAGCACCGCCGCAGGACCCAGCAGUACAACCUGGAGCAGGACAUGGACAAGGAUCAAAUGGAGCAGCAGGAAAAGGAGGAUCCGGAUCAACACCACAAAUACCACCCCCUGGACCUAGAGGAACAACCAAAUCUCAAACACCAGUAGCAAACCCAUCACACCCUGGAAUAUCUCCAACAACCGUGUCCUUAUCGAUUGUCCCCCUUGGAAUUGCUUUGGCAUUAAGUUCGCUGGCGUUUCUUUUCCUGAAGAAGAAAACCCCAACUCGACCUACAGAUAUAUUUCGCGUCCUUGAGAUACCCCAAAAUGAUGAUGCAAUGCCGACAAAAAUAUCGACGAAUAGAUACAUACCUUAUAGUCGUUAUAAAGGAAAAACAUACAUAUAUGUCGAAGGAGACGAACCAGAUGAUUAUCUUCGUGAUAUAUCUUCUUCUGAUGUCACCACCUCGUCGUCCGAAAGCGAAUAUGAAGAGAUAGAUUUAUAUAAACCACGUAGUCCUAAAUAUAAAACUUUGAUCGAAGUAGUACUAAAACCAACUAAAAGUGGUGACACACUAAAUAGUGAUACCAUAUAUAGUGACAAACCUAGUGAUAUACCUAGUGAUGUACCCAUAGAUGAGGAAUGGAAUCAAUUAAAACAUGAUUUUAUCUCGAACAUGUUACAAAGUGAUAAUAUGGAUAUACCUGAAAACCUACCUGGAAACAUUACAGAUACACAACCUGAUAUUGUGGAUAAUACUGUGCGAGAAAAACCUUUUAUUACUCAAAUCCUAGAUCGAAAAUUAUAUAGUGAUGAUAAUGAAAUUAUAUAUAAUAUAGAUUGGAAUAUUCCGGAAAAUAUUAAUAGGACUAAUAAUAUCAUAGAUAAUCCAAAAUAUGUGUCACCAAAUAUAUAUGGUGGUAUAGAUCUAAUUAAUGAUUCGUUAAACAAUGAUCAGCAUGUUGAUAUAUAUGAUGAGUUGCUAAAACGGAAAGAAAACGAAUUAUUUGGGACAAAACAUCCAAAAAAUACAUCAUCAAAUAAUGUUGCCAAACAAAUAUAUGAUGAUCCUAUACUCAACCAACUGCAUCUAUUUGAUAAAUGGUUAGAUAGACAUAGAGAUAUGUGCAACAAAUGGAGUAAUAAAGAAGAAAUAUUAGGUAAAUUGAAUGAUGAAUGGAAUAAAGAAAAUAAAGAACAUUUAUUCUAUACAUCAACUAUUGAUGAUAUUAAGAGAAUUAAUGAUGAAAAUUAUAAUACCAUUAAUGAAAACACACAAAUAAAUCAUGAAGAUAAUGAUAAAACAUCUCUUGAACAUCUUGGAUCAACAAAUAUUCCUCCUAAUGAACUUACAACGCAAAAUAAUGGUUCUCAAACAAAGCAUUUACGCACAAAUGUAUCUAUGGAUAUCCAUAUGGAUGAAAAAAAUAAUAUACCAUGUGACAAGGACGAUUUGGAAAAUUUUUAUAAUUCUUUUGAUGACGAUGAAAACCAUUAUAUGAAUUUAAAAAGGAUUGUGUCUAGAUAA